CACGUGUCUUUGGGAACAAUUACCCCUGAAAUCGCCCGAAGUAUUGCAUCGAGUCCAGUCGGAGCUGUUUUAACUAACUGAGGGCUGUGCUUCAGGAUAACGGCAGAGGAAACUUCACUCUGUGUCUGGACCUGCAGCAGUGAAACAUGGAGCCACCAGCGGGGCCCUCACUGGGGCCUUAUGACUACGACCUGCUGGUCAUUGGCGGCGGGUCAGGAGGCCUGGCUGUGGCGAAGGAAGCUGCAGGCUUGAGGAGGAAGGUGCUGAUCCUUGACCUCGGCGCUCCCUCUCUGAGAGGCGCCAAGAGAGUCCUCGGAGGUUCCACUCUCAAUGUCGACAGCGUCAGGAAGUUUCUACAACAUUCGUCUCUCCUGGGAAAAGCCCUUCAAGACUCUGAGAAUUAUGGCUGGAAGUUGAAAGACCACGUGUCUCACAGCUGGACGCAGCUGGUGGAGGCGGUGGAGGAGCAGAGGAGGAGGAGCAGUGAGGAGCUGAGGAGGGAGCUGAAGAGAUGUGGAGUCUUUUACCUGAAUGCUCGUGGAGAGAUCGUAGCUCCUCACACAGUGGAGGUAAAAAAAAUAAUUAAAAAAAACCUACAGGGCUCUAUUUUCCACUCAGCACGACUAACAGACUCAUUUAUCAUUAGCCUAAAACAUGACCACCUGUGA